AUGAAGUUCUCCACUGUUAUCGCCGCUGCCUCCGCCUUCGUCGCUGUCAACGCUGCCAACGAAUCCAACUCGUCGUCGUCGAACGCCGCCCCAAUGGCUGGCUCUAACGCUGUCGGCUACACCGCCUUCGGUGCUGCCGUCGCCGGUGCCGUUGCUCUGUUGAUGUAA